CAUACCUUCAUCACCAUGGGGGGAACUUCAGUCAAGUUAUCUAUUCUGGUUGUUAUCCUUGUGAUUUUCGCGUCUUCUCUGUCUCCAUAUACAGCAGAAGCAAGGCGUAAGCACAUUAAGCACCGUCGUAAUUGCCACCCUCCUGUGAGGCCUUCCCCUGAGACAUCGUCACCAGCACCAGCACCAGCAUCAGAACCUACUGAUGGUAUACCACCAUACCAAAUCCAUGAUUGUGGCUCCGAAUGUAGGGACUUCAAUGACUGUCAAUGGCCCUGCACAGUCUGUUGUGCAAACCAUACCUGCUGUUAUGAUGAGCAGCCCUACAUUAUUUCAGAUCCAUUCCCGACACUUGCUCCAUCACCAAGCGUGGGAGAACCAGUAUCUGCUCCAACAGCGGCACCUGCUGAUGGCGUAGAAAUACCACCAUACCAAUUUCACAGGUGUGGCCAACAGUGCAGCGACUCCUACGAGUGUGACUGGCCUUGCACAACCUGCUGUGCAAACCACACAUGUUGUAACGACGAGUCCUUUAUACCAUUAUUACCAUCACCUGCUCCCGCUCCAGUGAUAUGGACUCCAUUAGUAGAAGAACCAGCACCAGCACCAGCACCUAGUGAUGGAUUCGAUGCACCACCGUACCAAAUCCAUGGUUGUGGCCACAAUUGCACUGACUCCAAUGACUGUGAUUGGCCUUGCACAAUCUGCUGUGCAAACCAAACAUGUUGUAACGAUGAGUCCUUCUUUAUACCAACAUUAUCAUCACCUGCACCUGCUCAACAGACUUUUAUUCCGUUACCAAGUGUAGAAGCACCAGCACCAGCAUCACCACCUAGUGACGGUUUCGAUGAUGUACUACCAUACCAAAUUCGUGGUUGUGGCUACAGUUGCAGCGACUCCAGUGAGUGUAAUGGGCUUUGCACAACGUGUUGUGCAAACCAAAGGUGUUGUAAUGACGAAUCCUUCUAUAUGCCACCAAUUACAUUAUCUGAUCCAUUACCGUUCCCUCCUUUCUCACCAUCACAACCCCCAUCUCUGCCUCCAUCUACUGGUGACGAAGCAGAUAAUGAUUUUAUAGCACCAACACCCAAUUACUAUGAUGUAGAGGUUCCAGCAACUCUUCCACCACAAGAAUAUGAAUUUCUGCAUCAUCAAGUAUAUGGUUGUGGCUAUGGCCCCUGCACGAACUCCAGCAAUUGCGCUUGGCCUUGUACAACUUGUUGCCCCGAUCACACCUGUUGUCAGGAAGACAUGUUUUGAUAAAACCUCAAACACACAAAUACUAAGGAUGAUUUAACUACAAAAAAUGUUAAACCUGCUGUUGUGAUAUACUGCUAGCGUGUAAACAAACUUCUUAUAAUACUACCCAUCAUUUUUCAGUUGCCAUGUCUGGUGAUUGGAUUUUUAUACUAUUGCUUCUGUAUCGUACAAUAUUACAUAUGUGAGCAAGAUCAAUAAAGAUUUUAUAAGAUUAAUCAUA